GCAGAAUCAAUUGGUUGGUUGAUCGGCUUUUGGUUAGGGUUUUAGCUCCCAAAAGUUGAACCGGAGAAGAGAUCAUCAGUACGAUCAAUUGAAUCCAUGGCGAUGGCUAUGAGACUCCCUGCGAUAGCGAGAGCUGCGACGGAAAGGGCUUCGGCUCCCGUUGGAUUGAGGCGUCUCUUCUGUUCAAACCCUACAAAGUUUUCAUUCCUUUCUCCUCAACCCAACUCCGAAACUCCGGCUCGUCCUCAGGCUGAACCCAGCACCAAUCUCUUCGUCUCCGGGCUUAGUAAGCGCACCACUUCUGAAGGACUUAGGACUGCUUUCGCUCAGUUUGGAGAAGUUGCUGAUGCCAAGGUUGUCACAGACAGAGUCUCAGGAUACUCCAAAGGGUUUGGAUUUGUUCGUUAUACCACCUUAGAAGAUUCUGCUAAAGGCAUUGCUGGAAUGGAUGGCAAGUUUCUUGAUGGUUGGGUCAUAUUCGCUGAGUAUGCGAGACCAAGAGAGCAAUAUCGACCUCACAACAACAACAACAUGCAUCCCCCCCCUCCAUAUGGUAAUCGCUAUUGA